GAAAACAAUAAAACAUGAACAGGAAGAAACCAGCAUUAGCAGAAAUCCUUUGCCACCAAAGAUAAGGAUUAAAAGUUAGGGGAAGCGGUGCGACACUGCAACAUGCACGGAAAUCUCAAUUCUCAACCUCUGUAGUGACUUUUAGAAGGAAUUCGACUUGAGCAACCUUGUUGAUUAUCUUCUGUGAAGCAAGUUCACUUUUUUGUUUUUUUGGUGUGUUCUUCCUGAUUUCGUCUUCUUCUAUCUAACUUGGUAGCGUUUUUGCGAUCAUCAAAAUGAAGUGUUUGAGGGAAUUUCCUCACACUCAUAGAGAUCGGUGUCUCAGUGACAGAUGGACGUUAUCUCCGGACAUUUCUAAGGUAACAAAGGUUUGCGACAGUUGAUCAUUUCAUUCACCCCAGUACUUGAGAUCUGGCUCUGUGCUUUCCUUGUCAUUAGCUGGGUCUGAAAUAAAUCAAACAUCAGCGGGUUUCUUGUAAUCGAUGAAAACAAAACAAAACCCUACUCACCAUCAAAUGCUUAAAUGAGUAAUUAUAUGACACACUAAAUCUAAAUGGAGAAUUGGAAAUUAUUCCUCAUUGUUACAAAAGGUGAAUUUGUUGGCUGUGUUACUCCUUCUGCUCUAAAUAAAGCGGUGUCGACAGAAAAUAGAUGAUCAAUUUGUAAUAGAGCUUUGUCGUUUCUUCUGGCUAAGCCACUUGAUCAAGUGAAAAAGAAAAAAAGGAACUGUGGAGUUUAGAUGGUUUUCAAGAGUUUGUGACAGUGGGAAGAGAGUAUUACAAUUCUGGUUCUGUAAUUUGGAUCUCUUAUACCCAGCUUAGUUCGGGCACUGCAAGCUCUAGCAGUGCCCAUGACUGCAACAGGGGGUGGAACCCCAUCCAUACAAUACCAUAACAUUGUCGAACAACCGGUUGCUACUAUUGUUACCCCUCCAUUACUUGCAUUUCAGCGCCAACAACGCCAUUGCUUUGGGGAAUCCAUCCCUGGAGAAUUCCCUUUGGCUGCCAACCCUUCUAUCGUUCUCCAUGUCCUCACAGGUUUUAAUAUGGACCCUCGAGAUCUUGCAAAACUUGAGGCAACAUAUUCUUUCUUCAGGCAACCAGCACAUUUUGCCCCUGAUUUUGGCCUAUCCAUGUCGGAGUUGGCUGCUCUCGAUAUGUGCCAGAAGAGAGCCAUAUUUAAGCCAAUGACAACUGAGGAACGAGAUCUUCUGAAGCAUAGGUGUGGGGGUUCAUGGAAGCUGGUCUUAAGAUUUCUGCUGGCUGGAGAAGCAUGUACCAGGAGGGAGAAAUCACAUGCAAUUGCAGGCCCAGGUCAUAGCAUUGCUGUGACAUCAAAAGGUGCAGUGUAUUCAUUUGGGUCUAACAGCACGGGCCAACUUGGGCAUGGUACAUUAGAAGAGGAAUGGCGGCCUCGGCAAAUCAGAUCUUUGCAAGGAAUUCAAAUUAUUCAAGCGACAGUUGGGGUUGGUAGGACAAUGCUGAUAAGUGAUGUUGGGAGGGUGUAUUCAUUUGGAAAGGAAUUUGAUGGAGAAACUGAAUCGGGAGGCGAAGGAUCUAAAUGUGUUACCACCCCACAACCUGUUGAGUCCUUAAAGGACAUAUUUAUUGUUCAGGCUGCGAUUGCAAAUUUCUUCACAGCUUUUCUCUCUAGGGAGGGCAGGGUCUAUACAAUAUCUUGGGGCAAUGACACCAAGCUUGGUCAUCAAACUGAACUAAAUGAUCAAGAGCCACAUCCUCUGUUAGGCCAUCUGGAGCACAUACCUGUGGUGCAAAUUGCGGCUGGGUAUUGUUACCUUCUAGCCCUAGCUUGUCAACCUAGUGGCAUGUCUGUAUACUCUGUGGGGUGCGGUUUAGGGGGAAAGCUUGGUCAUGGUUCAAGGACAGACGAGAGGUACCCUCGAUUGAUAAAACAAUUUGAGGAUCUUAAUCUUCAACCAAUAGUGGUUGCAGCUGGUGCUUGGCAUGCUGCUGUAGUGGGCCAGGAUGGACGAGUCUGCACUUGGGGUUGGGGGCGUUAUGGAUGUUUGGGUCAUGGGGACGAAGAGUGUGAAAUGGUUCCAAGGGUGGUGGAAGGUUUAAGCAAGGUCAAAGCUGUUCAUGUUGCAACUGGGGACUACACAACUUUUGUAGUGUGUGAAAGUGGUGAUGUGUACUCAUUUGGAUGUGGCGAAUCAUCUAGUCUCGGACACCAUAUUGGGGCCGAUGGAGAGGGAAAUAGGCAUGUGUUGAACCCAGAGCUGGUGACUUCACUGAAGCAAGUGGAGGAGCGUUUUGUACAAAUCAGCCUCACCAAUGCUGUUUAUUGGAAUGCCCAUACUUUUGCACUCACCGAAUCAGGAAAGUUGUAUGCAUUUGGUUCGGGUGACAAAGGUCAGCUGGGUGUAGAACUUGACCAGAGUGAGAGGGGGAAUCCAGAGUGUGUUGAUAUUGAUCUUAGUUAACUAUCAAUGACUUCCUGUCUACAUCCUCUUCCUCACUGCCUCCCUCUUGAGUAGUUUCACUAUGAUUCAUUGGCAUCAGCAUCGUCAUCAGCAUCGAUGAUACAACUGUUUUAGUGCAGAUUUACUUGUUUAUUCUGUAUAUAGAAAGAAGUAAACGAUACAUCUGUUUAUUUUUGUAUAUAGAAAGAAACACUUCUCUAUUUUUUA